GACCGGUGUGACUGGGUGUACUAACUACAGCACUGCAGCUGCCUGCGAAGUUAGGCGGGGACAGUGGGUACAGGCUCCGGCUGUCAUGAGUGGGCGUGGUCUCGGAUGGCGGGUGAUUUGGCCUCGGAGCACUGGGCGCCCUUGUUGGAACUCUAUGGCCAAUCUGGCGGGAAGCUGAUUACAUUGCUGCUGGGCAGACGUUGCGGCGGAGUUACCGGCUCAGCAUGGAGCGGAUCCCGGAGCUGUACGUCCUGUAUGAUACACGGGAGCCGCCUGUGAGGCUGAGCCGAUUGUCGCCUGGCUCCCGGGAUACUCCAUGCUUUUCAGCCUCGCUGUCACCGCCUAUCCCUUCCCAGUUGUUGGUUUUUACUGUAGGAGACUGGUCUGGGUUGUCCCCUGACAGUAGAGUCGAUGUCCAACUGGAAGCAAAGGGAGGGGAAGGGAUCAGACUGGGCACACUGACAUGUGAAACCAGAUGCUUCUUAUGGGAGCGUGGCCCUGCUGAUGAGACAACCUGCAUGACUGAGGAUGGAGUGGGAGAGCUGUGGAUCAAGAUGGUUCUUCAUGGACAGUUCUGUGCUAAACCCAAUGGCUCAAACCUUGAACGUAGGAAGAGAAAGAGACUGACAGAUGAAGAGAACAUCUGCCCCAACAAGGGGUCUGUCAAAGGGAAUGCAACACAGCAGAGGAGCAAGAGUAGUAAAAACAGUGUACUGUUCAAACACUCCCCACUUGGCAAGAAAGCAGAGAGCAUCUCUGGUGUCCCAACAGGACGCUGGGGGCAUGCUUUAUGUCCUGUAGACCAGGAAACCGUGAUACUGAUUGGUGGGCAAGGUGCACGAAUGCAGUUCUGUAAGGACUCCAUGUGGAAGCUUCAUACAGAGAACACCACAUGGUCUCCUGUGGAGGCAGUGGCAGAUGGUUCCACUCCAGAAGCACGCACAGGACACACUGCCGUCUUUGACCCAGAAAGCCAACGUAUUUACGUGUUUGGAGGUUUCAAGAACAGGAAGUGGUUUAAUGAUGUUCAUAUCUUGGACACUGUGGCUUGGAGGUGGAGGAGUGUAGAGGCCAAAGGAAAAGUUCCUCCUCUCUCCUACCACACUUGCUCUCUCUUUCAAGGAGAGCUGUUUGUGUUAGGAGGAGUUUUCCCACGUCCCAAUCCUGAACCGGAUGGUUGCAGUGACACACUAUACAUAUUUGAUCCACAGCAUGAGAUCUGGUACCAGCCUAUUGUCCUGGGGAGUAAACCCUCUGCUCGCUCUGGGCACUCUGCAUGCUUGUUGAACAGAGACCUCUAUAUAUUCGGAGGAUGGGACACACCUGUGUGUUACAAUGACCUCUACCUACUGGAUCUUGGUCUCAUGGAGUUCUCCCCAGUUGAAGUUAAUGGAAGCUCUCCCAGCCCUCGCUGCUGGCACUCUGCUGCCUGUGUCUCCGAUUCUCGUUUCUUAAUUCAUGGAGGAUAUGAUGGGAACCAGGCCCUCGGUGACACUUACAUAUUCAAUACAGUGACAAAAACAUGGACCUCCUUGGUUCACAAUUCUUUGCCCCGUUCUCCCCGUGCUGGAUUUUCCAUGUUGCCCCUCCCUGGGGUAAGAGAAGACAGUGAGGCCUGCGUCCCUCGUGAACUGCUCAUCUUUGGGGGUGGGAACAAUGAGGGACACUUCUAUUGUGAUACAGUCAGACUGCAGAUUUCAGAGAUUCUUUAGCAGUAGCUUCUAGUACAUGUUAUAUUGUGAUGACACCACUUUCCUUUUUCUUUUUUAAGGUUUUGUAUAUGUCUGUAUGAUCAUUUGUAUAUAGUUUUAAUAAAUGCUGGAUUUUCUGAGUUA